AUGAAGAAGAGUGCUGAUGCUGAGUAUGAUUUCUUGGAUUUCUGGGAAGCCAAUCAAAAGUUCUUUGCUAUGAAGCAAGGAACAACCAAAAACUUGAUGCAUUUCAAGGAACGAUUCUUGAGACAGGCUGAAGUCCUGCAAGAUCUAUAUGGUGUUGCCUGGUUCCGAAAGUUUGCAGUCAAGACGAAAGCGUAUGCUGCUAUUGAUAGCACCGAUACUACUGCUAGAGACAAGUUCAAGGAUGAUAUCUUUGAAGCAGUUUGUUGGGAUAUGACGAAAUAUGAGUUUUUACGUUCCAAAAGAAACUAUUCAAGUACAAGGUUUUCGACACGUGCGAUCGAAAUUUGA